CCAUCUCUGCUGUGGUGCCGCUGCAACCUGCAGUGUCACCCAGAAACUGAUCUUGCAUACAGUGGUCCAGGAAUCUGCCGUGGGGAGCGAUUAUUGGCUAGCUGCUGGUCAUGAGCACUCUCCCGGCUUUCUCGGGGGCCAGGAUAUCUGGCUGCUGGGCUUUCAGGUCCGAUGGCAGCGGUUGCAGUGAGGAUUCGUUAGACAGGCUCCUCCCCCCUGUCAGCACAGGCCUCUCCCCCAGGAAGAGAACCACAAGCCAGUGCAAAUCAGAGCCCCCUCUGCUGAGAACCAGCAAAAGGACCAUCUACACUGCAGGGCGACCGCCCUGGUACAACGAACAUGGCACGCAGUCCAAAGAGGCAUUCGUCAUUGGCCUUUGUGGAGGCAGCGCUUCAGGGAAGACCACAGUGGCUAGGAAGAUCAUUGAAGCUUUGGAUGUCCCUUGGGUCGUGCUCCUCUCCAUGGACUCCUUCUAUAAGGUUCUCACCCCUGAACAGCAGGCCCUGGCUGCCAGCAAUGAUUACAAUUUUGACCACCCAGAUGCCUUUGACUUUGGUCUUUUGGUGCACAUCCUGCGUAAACUGAAGCAAGGCAAGAGCGUGAAGAUCCCUGUGUAUGAUUUCACCACGCACGGCAGGCAGAAGGAAUGGAAAACUGUGUAUGGAGCCAGCGUUAUUAUUUUUGAAGGAAUCAUGUCUUUUGCCGAUAAGGAGUUAUUGAAGCUCCUCGACAUGAAAAUCUUCGUUGACACAGAUUCCGAUAUCCGUCUGGUGCGGCGUCUGCGCAGAGACAUCACAGAGCGUGGGCGGGAUAUUGAGGGCGUCAUCAAACAGUACAACAAGUUUGUGAAACCUGCCUUUGAGCAGUACAUCGAACCGACCAUGCGCCUGGCCGACAUCGUGGUACCUCGAGGUGGAGGGAACAUGGUAGCCAUUGACCUCAUUGUCCAGCACGUCCACAGCCAGCUAGAAGAAAGGAAGCUGCGCUGGGAUAUGGCAGCCCUGGCCUCAGCCCACCAAGCUCAGCCGCUCCCGCAGACACUCAGCGUGCUGGAGAGCACUCCCCAGGUCAGGGGCAUGCACACCAUCAUCAGGAAUAAGGAAACCAGUCGAGACGAGUUCAUCUUCUAUUCCAAAAGGCUGAUGCGCCUCCUCAUUGAGCAUGCUCUGUCUUUCCUGCCCUCUCAGCCACAUGUUGUACAGACCCCACAGGGCCAAGAUUACGAAGGAAGAACUUUCCACGGAAAGAGGAUCACGGGGGUGUCCAUCCUACGUGCAGGAGAAACCAUGGAACCGGCCCUCAGAGCCGUGUGCAAAGACGUCCGGAUUGGGAAGAUUCUCAUCCAGACCAACCAGGACACAGGCGAACCAGAGCUGCACUACCUCCGUCUGCCCAAAGACAUCAGCGAGGACUACGUCAUUCUCAUGGACUGUACCGUGUCCACCGGCGCCGCAGCUAUGAUGGCGGUCCGUGUUCUACUGGAUCACGAUGUGCAGGAGGACAAGAUCUUGCUGUUAUCCCUGCUGAUGGCUGAAAUGGGGGUGCACUCUGUGGCCUACGCAUUUCCACAGGUCAAAAUUAUAACUACUGCUGUCGACAAGAAAGUCAACGAUGUCUUCCACAUAAUUCCCGGCAUAGGAAAUUUUGGGGACCGAUACUUUGGCACUGAUGCUCCCCAGGACUGGAGCGAUGAAGAGACGGAUGAGCCCAGCUACUAAAGGGGAAUGGCAGAUGAACAAACUGGGACAGCAUGGGAUUCUGUCCUUGGCAAACUGAAGGCAGGGCUUAGGAGGACUUUCUAAACGACCAGCAUUAGACUCUCUUGUAAGAGUGGGCCUGAUAACUGUAACGAGUAUACAUAUGUGCAUUUCUACAUAUUUUUAUAAAUAUGUUAGGUUUCAUUAUACCCAAGAGAACAUGGGUCGUAUUGUAAGGAUACAUAUUUCUGUCAUGAUUAAGCACUCUAUUUUUAAUUCUAUUGCUGUCUGAUUGUUGGGCAGCAAUUUUGUUUAGUAGGAUAAAGUGGCACAUCCUUUGCGCUGCCUUCAGCAUUUUCCAGAGAACGCAGGUAUGGUUUAUGUUAUCUAAAUGCUGGAGACGACAGUACUGAAUGUGAUGGGUUCACAUUUUUAAUCUAUAAAGCAUUUAUAUAUAUUGAGAUGUCCUUUGAAUUUUUUGAAGAAUUUGCCUUUUCCAAAAAAGCUUAAAUGUUCAUUUCUCUAUAUCAGUUUUUUUUCAAGGACCACUGAAUCAGACAACAGUGUAAAUGUGUGUUUUAAACCUCAGCCUUUCCCCUUUACUAAGCACUUUCUGACCAAACCAGAAUUGCUUUAGAGCUAACGCUCAUUCAUUUUCACUUUUGCAUAAAAUGGAGAGGUGUGUACAGCAACUUUCGUGUGUACACCUUUCCUCACCUUAGUUCUACCUGAUUUCACAGGUAGUUCUUGGUUAUUGGUCAUGCGUGACUGUGGACGUUAUCUUCAUGUUUGCAUUAAACGUGGUAAAUUACAGUAGGCAAAGCUCAAGCCUAUUAACUGUCUUCAGUUAAAUAGUAUUAUUUUGGUGAAUAGUUCAAGAUACCAUUUAAAAUAUCUGCAGAUUUACAGAUUUGUUUAUUUUCUUUUACUUUCUGGAGUGUGAAAUUGAUGUGAGGUCGCUGCCUCGAAGUGUACUUGUUGGCAUUUCAGACAUGUGCUUUUCUUCCCUUUAAGCAUGUCUUUUUUGCACUUAUGUUUUUAUAUUUGCUUAUCUGUUUGAAUGCAGUCAAGCAUGCAGCAAAAAAAUACAGAGCCACUUAGUGAAAUCCUGUAAUACUUUCACAAUGUUUUCAUUUUAUUGUCUUAAAACUCCUAAAUGCAAAAAUAUGGGAAAAUGUUGAUUGGUUCCUUUGUAUUAAGUGGCUUAAGGAGGUCAAUAUUGUUGCUUGUGUGUAUCUUUAAAUAUAUACAUACAGACAACCUAAGAUCACUUGUUUUCAAACUCAUGCUACAUUUACCAUAUAUGGUAUUAGCUCACAACAACUGGAAAAUUUUUAAUCGACAUAAUACAAAUGGAAUAAUACAGAUAUUAAAGCGAAGCUUUUUUCCACUUCACUGUUUCACGUACUACUGUUUGCUUUGCAAUAAUAUAUUUGUUACGUUUUAUUUCAUUUAUUCCAAGCUUUUAGUCUUUCAAAAAUCCACUUAUUUGGCUGAACAGAUAUAUCUGGACACAUGUUAGAGUAUGUGUUUUUGUGUAUGAACUGAGUUGGUCCACCCUGCUCCACCAGAUGUCUUAUUACUUCUCAGAUGUUUUCAGAGCCUUCUUGACUGAAAUAAGAGCACAACCAAAGAGUGAAAUAGAAUAAUGAGCAGGUAUAUAGUUAGUUUUACAGAGAAUAUUGAAGUAUGUUUUGGCAUUACCUUCCAGUGAUUCAUGUCCAGCAUUGCCCAUGAAUGUAGUAUCAGUGCCACUGGGAGCGAAUAAAUGUUACUGGAUAUUUCUUAAUUUUUAUUUAUUUAUUUAUCAAGGUUUUAUCAAGACCCUGCUUUCCUCAAGCUAAAUCUUUUCUGGCCAUGUAAAACAACUCAACUCUAUCAGGUAGUGUGCUGUGUGCUUGGUUUACUUUUGAUACUGCAUGGAAUUUUCAUAUAAACAAAUAAAAUGAUAUUUUAAUGACAAAGAUAUUUUCCUGCAUAUUUAUAGCAACCUAACCCACGCCACAAGUACAUGUAAGCAUUUUGUACAUGAGCGCUGUCUGUGUUUCUGAAUUGCCUUUUCUGACAUUUUCCAUCGUCAGUUUCAGUUUGAAUAGCUCAGGCUUAUACUUCCUGCAGUGAAAAGCUAUAACAAAGCUGAGAAGCAUGAGUGGUAGUAACUUCCGUGUCCUGUCUGAUAGCUUCCUCAUUGCUCAUCGGGAGAGUAUGAAUAGGUCACAACCAUGUGAUUUGUC